UGGAGAGACACUGAGAGGUCCGGGAGGGGCAUUCUUCCUUCCUUCCUUCCGUCUGUCUGUCAGUCGGUCCGUGUGAAUGGCGGAUGGGGAAGCCGCCGUGUCCGUGAAGAGGGGGGCGGCCGCUGUGAUUGGAGCUCUAAACCCGAGGAAAGAGCUCACGCCUCGGCUUUCGAUUUUUUUAAUUUUUUUAAAUUUAUUACUAUUAUUUAUUGAUGUAUUGAUUUCUUUUUUGCACAUUGCCACUCCGAUCCGACGUCCGCUUCUUCUUAACAUGGAUCCCGAGAAGACAUUGACGUUCUGUCUCGGGCUCAAGGUUGAGUUGAUGACUAUGACCCUGAAAUAUGUGGAUGGGACCACCGAGGCUUCCACGGUGGCUGUUACCCAGAAGGAAUUGGACCAACUCACGGUUCACAAGGUGGUGAAGCAACAUGAGGGUUCUGGUAGCCAGCCUGUAGUCAGUCCCAAGUACUGUCCUGGUGUAAACAACAAUCCAGGUUACCUCUGUGAGACAGGACACUGCUGCGGAGAGACGGGCUGCUGUACCUACUAUUAUGAACUCUGGUGGUUCUGGCUGCUGUGGACCGUGCUGAUCCUCUUCAGCUGUUUCUGUGCUUACCGCCAUCGCCGUGCCAAGCACCGAAGGUUCUGGCUGCUGUGGACCGUGCUGAUCCUCUUCAGCUGUUUCUGUGCUUACCGCCAUCGCCGUGCCAAGCUGAGGAUCCAGCAGCAACAGAGACAGAGGGAAAUCAAUCUUCUUGCCUAUAACGGAGCCUGCAACUUCCCAUCCUCCAUGCUGGAUCUCAGUUUUCUGGCCACCUUCAAGUUACCCUCUUAUGAUGAAGUAGCAGCGCGGCCCACCACACCUCCUCCACCUUACAGCUCCGUCUUCGCCCUGCAGGGAGGCGUCAUGCUAGGGCCGAGCUCCUCCUACCCCCAUCACCACCUCCACAGUCACCCCUGCUCCCCCUACCUGGGCCCGGGCCCCAGCGGCCUCACCUCAUCCCAGAGCUCCGACAACUACACCAGCUGCUCCUGCGAGUCCUGCUCCCUCACUUCGCCCUGCAGCACCUCCUUCUCUGUCCAGGUGACGGACGAGACGUACGACAGCAGCCGCCUGUCCACGCCCAGCGAAGCGGGGGGCGACGGCGCCCUCUUACCCAGGGCGGCGGGCGGCCGCUUAUCAACUAACUCGUCCUCGCCACCUUCGUCCCAGGUUCCACCGGAUGUUAUACCGGCGCUCACUCCAGAUGUCAUUCCCAGUCAUUCCUAUAAUGGCAAUGAGGGGAUCUCACGCCAGGCUGCCCCGCUGUCACUGCCCCUGUGGCCCUUUAAUAGCUAUCGUCCCUCGCAACACCCUCGCCUCCCGCUUUCACCCAUCAGUCUGCUAUCUUCCCUUCCCUCCGAUCAAGUCCAUCAUCUCGUCUACUCGGACCCCCUGUACGCCACGCCCAAAGAAAGAGAGGGAGACGCGCCUCAUCAAGGGGCUGUCCCUGCCACAAGUAUGUCCACCGUGAUGCACCCCGAAGACGAGGACGAGGAGGAUGACGAGGAGGAUCACUUCCGCCACCGACGCCUGACGGGAGAUUCCGGCAUCGAGGUGUGUCGCUGCAAAGUCAAGCGAGAAGACCGAGAGGAGGAAGCGUGCCUCAAGGAGUGGGAGCCGCAAGACAGAGGGAACUGCUCCGUCCGAGCCAAGGAGGGCGUCCUCUCACCCCUGCUGGACGACUGUGUCCAGCACCACGGCGACGCCGUUAUCGUCGUGGAGUCCUCUGUAGUCUAACGAGCAAAACAAGAAAAAAAGUCAGGUGUUUAUGGUUAGCGUCAGCCAUAUAGAGCAAGACAAGUAGGUGAAAAGUCACUGAAGUUAGUCUUGGAGGUGACUGGGAGGACAGGAUGAGUUAUCUCCUCUUGUUUUCACCUCCGAGAGAAGGUCUUACUUGAGUGAGCCUUGAUAAUUGUUACCUCUGCCAGGUAUAAAAGCACAAAAGAUGUCAGUUUGUUGGGUUGAUAGUUAGCAGGAUUACAUAAUAAAACACCGAACCAAUAAAAAACAUUGUAGUGUCACAUCUACCAAUGAAGAGCCCGUUACAUUUUGCGGGGAAUCUGGAAAAGUGCAUUUACAUAAAUUCAUUUUCCCUUCUUGACCUUUUUGAGUCUGCCCUGCUCCAGAGUUAAAGUGGUAAAACCCCUCCAACCAGUCACUUUGUCAUGCUUUUAACGCACAUUGAACCUGUAUUAGCCAUAGUUUAGCGCUAGCUAUGUGACUUCAUAAAAACUUUAUGGAGGGAUAGCUCAUGGGCCAACGAAAACCUAUGUAAAUAUGUUUGCAGAUCUGGAUAAAAGUAUACACUUACAGGAAUUUCUUUGUACUUUUACCCUGUGCUGCAAAGUUACGUGGUGACUUAAGCACUUGCCACAUGAUGUCACAAAAUGUGAGGUAUUGUUUUAAUUGUCAUCAAUCGGUUUGUUCAUUUGAAACAAGGACUAUGCUAAAAACACUCGACCGAUUCCCACAAAACAUAGUAGUGGCACACCUACCAAUGAAGAACCCACUACAUUUUGCUGGGAAUCAGGAAGAGUGCUCUUACGGUAAUUUAUUUUUGCGUUUUUCCCCUUUUCAGUAAACCCCCUAUUCCACAGUUAAGUCCCCUCCGCCCUUUUACUUCUGGUACAAGUUUAGCACUAUCCACGUGAUGUCACAAAAACUUUGCCGAGAGGUGACAAAUGGGCCGAAAUUGUGUGUGCAUACAGGAAUUUAUUUUUAUAGUUUGAGCCACUUUGGCAACAAUGGAACUACUACUAACACAAAUAACACCACUUACCCAUUAUCAACAUAUUACAUCAUCCUCCAGUAAGUAGCCUGCUAGCAAACAAACAGUUGGAUAAACAACCCCAAGCAAUGUGCUUUAUAGAAGCAGAAAAAACACUUUGGCCUUGAUGGAGGUCUGUACUCAAAGGCCUGCUAUUCUAGUUUGUUUUACCUCUUCCUUCACAUUGAUGGGGAAAAAAAACAAUAAGCUGGUCUUUAGGGUCUCGCCAUUUUUACCCACCGCAUUAACAUACAUUAAUUUGUUCGCAUCAUAUAUUUAAUGCAAACCUAUGCUAUACAAUCAAAUUUGGUGGCAGUCGCAUAUUGGCUUAUGCAUUGUGUAUUGGCCACAACUUUCGCCAUACCCAUAAGUUUGAUAAAAAUCCUGAAUUAAUCAUUAAAAAGGGUAUAGAUAAGGCGUAUAAAUCAGGGAUGGGUAUUUGACUACAUUUCCUCGAUUGCAUACGGGAAAGAAUAAUGGGGGUUUUUUUCUUCAUAUUUUUAAUGAGUUAAGGGAAGCUCAGUGAAUGUUCUGAACCCGUUUUCAUGCCAGUAUUGUGGCACGGAUGUAGCUCAACUUGGUACAGCCGAUGUCAUGUUGAGAGUGAAUCAACAGCGCAUCUGCUGGCGCACUCCGCUUUGACGCCAUUGCUUCACCCAAUCGUUCUUCAUGAUCUAUGACAGUGGUGCCUUGAGAUGAGUGGCCGGAUUUUCGAGUUGUUUGAGAUACGAGCCAUCAUUCAGCCGAUUUUUGUUGUUGUUGUUGACUUGCAAUGCUAACUUGAGAUAGGAGCGCUAUAUGGUGGGAGUGAACUCUCCUCAAAAUAAGUAGCACUUUGGCAAAUAGUGAACAACUCGUCAAACGACGUUUCAUCCUGUUUAAAGCCACUUCCAGUUGAAAUUUACUGUCAAAAUAAACAAACUAGGAGAAUUACACGUUUAAAACAAACUUAGCCGUUAGUCUGCUAGCUAAUGCAAACACAUAAUGGGAAAUAUAUAUUUUUGUUUUUUACUUAAACAACUGGUAUUUGAACACAAAUGGUGCAGCAACACAUUUAGACAUUCAAUAACAGUACUCACAGUCGUAUUCUCUGCGAGGAGCGGACACGUCCAUAUACAGUAUAAGAGCUGUCUCUUAUACUGCCCCCUGGUGGCCAAGGUGGGCAGCAGCCCAAUGGUCAUUCAAUUGAUGCAGUGUGACAAAAUUAAAAAUAAUUAUAUUUAAUUAUUACUGUAUGUUUUUAUAAAGUACAAUAUAAUAGUGUGCUAUUUUUCAUAUUAAAUAAACACUCAAAUAUUUGUGGGCCUUUCCAUAAAUUUCAUUCGGGAAGAUGAUUUGUGAUUCUAGUGCUUUGAGUUCCAAGUGUGGUCACGGAACGAAUUAAACUCGUAUCUCAAGGCACCACUGUAUUACGCCCAUCCCUAAUGUAAAUGUAAGUUCGCUGAAGUUUUAUAUUUUGUAUUUUUUUCAAAAGAGCAGCUCUUGACAAGUGACUCAUACAUUAUUGUGUCCUCUCAUCACCACCUUCAUGUUAUGUCCCAGGUAUGUAAAGCUUUAAUAUGGUCAGUAUGGUGCAACACUUCUGACUGUUACAUGGAUAGAUCAUGGCUACCAUAGCAUACUGUUAAAUACUCCGGCUCUCGUGUGUUUCAAGGUUGUUACUGUUUAAAGGCGAUGUGUUAACCCGACGCCCUCACACACUAAUAAUGAAUGUAAAAGCACCGCAACGAGCUGGAGUGCUUCUGGACAUUUUUAUAGGGGGAAGAAGAAAAAAAAAAAAACGGGGAAAUGUAUGCUGCAAGGCCGGUGAGACGUGUUUUUGAGCGUUCAAAAAUAUUUGGAGACAGUUUAAAUGUGACGGUUUAUUCAGACUGAAUUGAGCUAGACUUUUUUUUGGUACUUAAAAGUUAUUAGUUGUACAGUACAGUCACCAUGUAGAGUGCCCGCCUCAUUGGGUGGGUGACUAAGGAGCCCUUGACUGAAGUACCCUGCGGGAUUGAGGGAGGUUACUCUGUCCCGCUGGUGGCUCCAUUUUAUGGAAAUAGCGCACACACAUACACAAACUAUAUUUGAGCAUAUAACUAAUGCGCAUUCUUGUGCCACUAGUUUCCAUGGUGGACACGGUUGAUGGACAAGAGACCACUUUGAUUUUAUUGUGGCAGAUUUUUCUCCUUUUAUGUCUGAAAGUGUAAGGAAUUUGUGAUUCCUUGAUUUUUUUUUAAGGCCAUUAUGACACCUUUUGUGUCUCAGAGGGAAUUAGUGCUCUGACAGAGAUACACUUAGGUCAUGUGGACUAUUAAACAGUUUGCAUGGUUUUGCUUUUAUACACCAUAAUGGAUUUGAAAUAAAAUGAUCAAAAUAUGAACAGUGUAGAUUUUCAGGUUAUGUGGCAUUUGCCAUUUUGGGAAUCCAUGCCAUUUUAUGCCACCGUGUUUGACACAGUUUUGACACAUGCUUUGAUUACCCGUUCCCCUAAACCUUGAAGGAUCCCAAAAAGAAUUUUUUAAUUUUUUUUACGUGGUCCAUGAAAGCAAAUCAUGUGCAUUGACUUCAUGUCUCUUGCUAAAAUAUCAAAACUGGAGAUUGUCUUAACUUCUGAUAACGGUCAGAUAUUGUAAUAAUUUCUUUGUUACCAAUUCCACUUUUAAGGUAAAAUUGAAUAAUAGUUGAACAACAUUAUUUUACCUGCUUCUGAUUUCUGAACUAGUUAGCCAUCAUUUUGUUGUGUAAAUGUAAUAUUAGGCGUUCAUACAUUUAUAUGUAUGUUGUAUACUACUUUUCAGACCGAUACCAGUGCAAGUAUUCACUCUUGAGUACUCAUGAUAACGAUACCAAUAGUACUUUUGAUAUAUGAAAAUUAAAUUAACACAAUGGUUGAUAAUUGUGAACAAAGACCUUAAUUUCUGACACACGCGAUGAUUUACCGGUGUCAGACCGCCGCAGUGUGCUGCCAACUACUGGCAAGGAGGACUUACUCAACGCCAAAUUAUUUUGCUUAAAAGUGUCGGCAGCCUUCAUGAGCACCAUAUCCCUUGAAAUAAGGCCGGUUUUGGCCCGAUACCUGGUAUCGGUAGUCACCUCUCCCUAAUUCAAUAGUAACGGCCCUCCCAAGGAAACCAUAAGUACGAUGUGCCUCGCCACAUAAAUCAGUUUGACACCCCUGCAGUGUAUGUCGUUUUUAAACAACCUAGAAAAGUGGUAAGCCACGAUACAGUACUUGGUUGUAACGUAAUAUUUUAACAACACAAAUACAUACAUAAAAAUACAUCUCUAUAUUAUAGAUUUGUUUUCCACUCUCAACCUCGUGAUAGCCUACUUCACUUGUGUCACCUUGCACUUCAUUCUGUUUGCUGCAGUGAAAACAGCUUUGACAAUUGUCCAAGUGCAUUGGAGCCCCGGGAAAUGGAGGCACUCUGAAUAAAGUGGCUAUAAUGUAAUUCCAAAAUAGUAAAUGUCAUAUUGUUUUGAAACCUCUCAAAUUGAAGCUGAAAGUCGACACUUGAAAUCCAUUAUGGUGGCGUGUAAAGCCAAAAUCAUACAACAUUCUAGACCUAACUUGAUCAAGAUGUAUUGUACGUUCCUUCUUUAAAUAAUGUUAUUUAUUAGCACUAGCUGACGUGUGAUUUAAAACAGCCUGUGGUGCCUAGAAACUCUUUAGGCAUAAUAUAUUUUCCUGCUGCUACAUGAGCGCGCGUGUAUGUGCGUCUUUUGUUUUUGUACGUUGUGUGUCGUACAUGAAAUGGGUUUCAGCUGUGCAGCUGUGCUUUUAAGCGGUCUGUUUCUAAAAAGUUACGCAAGACUCGCAAAAGUAGUAUUUAGCAAUAGUGUUCACACUUUGUUUUUCCCGACUGGUGGAUGCUGGUUGAUGGAAAACCUACUGUUGUGAAGAAAAAAAAAAAAAAAAAAAAAAGACUUUUACCUCUUUCGUACUGAGCCCUGGGCUGUGCUGGGCCGAGGCCCUCGAUUGUACAUAUGCAGUAUAUUUACUGUCAGCAUUUGAAAGGCCUUUGGCUUCAAGGUUUCUCCCAAGUGCAAACAAGAAAGUGGCUUGGCUUAGGCUCAGUUAGUGGCCCUCAUGUGUUAGCAAUAUUCACGUCAGUUUGAAAGCUACUCUGAAAAAUCUCAAACGAUAAGGUUCCUAAAUUUCCUUCAAAAAGUCCUAUCAGCUGUUUCCUAAGAUUUUUGGGGGGAGGGAGGAGGGUUAAAAAAAAGUUUUUUGUUUGUGUUGUUUCCUUCAAAACUCUGCUAUCCUGUCUUAUUUUCCCUCAAAAAGAUGAUUAACAUUCUUUAUAGAUAGAAUAAUUUUACUUGCUGACUUUUUAGUCUUGCAAAACUGCUGAAAAAUAUGGUUGGCGUAACUGCUGAAAAAUAGGGCCGCUGUGAAAAAUUACCCUAACUCUUUUCACAAUGUUUGCCCAAUAACACUCUCCUCCAAAGGUAUUGGGACAAUUGAUCUGAAAUUAAAUCAGCUUUGAAAUUAAAUAGCCUAGCCAUUUUUCGUUAGCAAAGUAGAGCGUACGACAAAGCCCUGCCACGACUAGUGAAAAUCUGCAAGUAAUUGACUCCCACUUAAAACUCAUUCACUGCCAGGCCUCUAUGUUAAGAUAGAUAUUUUAAUUCAAAUCCCGUCAAUGGCAGUGAGUGAGUUUUAAAAAGGUUUAGAAUUGCCACAAGAUGGUGUCAAAGCAUUUUUUUUCUAUUAGGCAAGGCUAUGACCUGACUAAAUUAAUCUCCUUUUCUCAGUCAACAUAUUAUAGAUCCUUGGCAACAAGAUUGCGCCAAAGCAAUAUUUUUGGACACGGCUCCGGCCUGACUAACCUCCUCCUCUCACUUCAACGUAGUUCCUUCGCACCAAGAUGGCGACAAAGCAAUAUUUUUAUAUUGAACAUGGAUUUGGCCUUGAGCACCAAAACGGCGAAUAGUUGCGUGUAGUGACAGCAAAUAACGGAGGUAAUAAGAAAAUGCAUAUAUGCUGCACAACCAUUUGUAAUGUCCAAACAAGAAAGUAAACUUGAGUGUACAAAUUUUCUGGAAUGUACUGUCUACAUCAAAAAUAAAGGAAUUUGUAUCACUAUUACAAUACUUUUGGAGGGCAGUGUACAUGCAAUAUGAAAAGGGUGAGAGAAUAUACGGCAAGUUACUAUUGUUCCCUUGACAAACUUGAAUUCUAAUCUUUAAUGUUGUUCAAAUGCAUAUGAGUAAUAAUAUUUGGUGAAGACCGAUAAUUGCUAUUGCAUUUUUAGAAUUUGUACCCAAAAUGCUGUGAAAAAACAAAUAAGGCUGACAGGCUGUGUCCAUGCGGAAUAUAAUCGCGUGUAUUUUUGGAAUAAAGUUUGCCCUUUGACCCGACGUAACGGUAACACAUGAGUGCCACCGAGCGUUGAUUUCACACCGAAGCCGAGCUGUUGUGCGUUCAUCGCUGUACAUAGAGAACACGUUUUCAUUUUGCCUUCUGUGCAAGUGUUUCGAGACUAAACACGGCCAAACUCGGCCCUCAUCAUAGGCCGCGGCCCACUUUAAGACUGUUACUGAGUUUUGACUGCAAAGGACUAUUCAUUGUCUCCUUAUCAAGAGAGCAUUUCCCCUAUAUUUUUUACUUGAGUGAAGCAGGGAAUUGAUAGGGAAUAAAAUAGGUAGGAAAAAAACAAAAAACGACUGAUCACUUAACACUGUUGAUCUUUUGAAGAACAUUUAUUAUUGUGUCUAGAAGCAAGCAGGAUCUAUAGCAGUACAUGUGACUAUGUGAACUAGUUCAGAUGAAUAUUACUCCCAAGUUGUGGUGUUCCUUUUAAGGUAUCUUCUAUCUGUGCUGCUCUUGUGUUGUAAGCAUGUGUGAGACACUUUCUGUUGUCGUGCAGUUACAAAAACAAAACACUGUCGCUUAUCAUGAGGCCAAAGUUGAUUUUCAUUUUGCUAUCAUGAUAUUUGUCUAUAAGAGCAUCCAGGCACGUUUAUUAUGUCUGGCAAUGAUUGGAAAGCUCGGGGUGUAUAGCAUAGAAACCUCUGGUGCAUAACUCUGAUGUGAAAUGAGAUUCUUAACAUUUUCAUAUAUUUGUAAAUUUAAUGGGUGCUGUUUUCAAGGAGGUUGGAUUUAAAAUUCUUCCUCGCCUGAUGUUUUUUUUCUUUCAUUUUUUUCCAUUGCUGCUUCUGGAAGUCUAUCAUGUUGGCUACAGACACCUAAACUACUUUAAAUCAACUACAACUGUGGAUUUGGUGACAAAAUAAAGUGAAUUGAGCAAGCAAA